AUGAUCGGCCAUGAGGCUAACUUGCGACAGGAUCAAACGAUCAUCGCCACCGCUAUUCCAACCAUCACGUCACAGUUUCAUAGCAUCGAAGACAUUGGUUGGUACGGAAGUGCCUAUCUUUUAACCACCUGCAGCUUUCAACUCUUUUUCGGCAAACUGUAUACUCUUCUUUCCUUGAAAUGGACCUUUGUUGGCGCCGUUGUCGUUUUCGAAGUCGGUUCAGCGAUCUGUGGUGCCAGUCCCAACUCGAUUGCUUUGAUCGUCGGGCGAGCGAUAGCAGGCAUAGGUGGUGCAGGUGUAUUUUCUGGCGCACUCAUCAUAAUAGCUAAAUCGGUCCCGCUUGCGAAGCGGCCGGCAUUCACAGGCAUCCUGGGAGCGGUCUGGGGCGUUGCGAGUGUUGUAGGCCCACUUCUAGGAGUCAAUCUUCCCGUUGGCGCUGUGGCCAUUCCAUUCAUUAUAUUUUUUCUGAGAUCAUCAUCAGACCGGACAGACCUGUCGCCCAACUGGAAAUCCAUUCUUCUACAAUUCGAUCCCAUUGGUACGGUUCUCUUCGUCGCAGGCAUCAUAUGCCUCUUAAUAGGCCUUCAAUGGGGAGGCAGCGAAUAUUCGUGGAGCAACGCUCGCGAAAUUACACUCAUGACCCUGUUUGGUGUCUUGAUGAUAGCGUGGGGCAUCACCCAGCACAAAAUGAGUGAGAAUGCUACGGUCCCCUUACGCAUAGCAAGACAGCGCACUGUUGCAUUCUCGACAUUCUACAUUUUCUUUGGUAGUGCAUGCUUUGUUCUGGUUAUCUACUAUUUGCCGAUCUGGUAUGCUACACACGCUCCGAUCAACAACGACUCGGCUGCCGAAUCAGGGAUACACAACCUCCCUGCGGUCCUCAGCGUUGGUAAGAAAUGGGUAACGCUUGUAGAGUGUGCAAAUCAAAUUGCUCUAACAGGAACAUUAGUUGUAUUUGCCAUCGCGGGUGGUCUAGGUGUUACGGCUGUAGGAUACUACACGCCUUUCAUGAUCGCAGGUGCCAUGGUCUUGACAGUUGGUGCUGGAUUGUUGAUGCUGGGGUUCCAAAUUAUCUUCGGCGCAGGGGCUGGUCUCGGCCUCGAGCUCCCCAACAUUGCGGUUCAGACGGUCCUACCUGAGAAAGAUGUGUCCAUUGGCACGUCACUCGUGGUCUUUGCCCGCUCCUUGGGUGGGUCGAUCUUUGUGAGUGCAGGUCAAAACGUCUUCAACAACCACAUAAUAUCCGGAAUGCGAGAACAAGUCCCAGACCUGGACCCAUCUGUUGUUCUACAAGCGGGGGCUACGGAGUUGCAAGCGACGGUUCAAGAUGCUGCUACCGGACAGGCUGACAUCAUGAGAAGAGUACUCAAUGUUUACAACGAUGCAAUUGUGCAAACAUUUGUACUGGCGCUGGCGUUGGCUGCGGUGUCGAUUCUGGGCUCUUUGGGGGUUGAAUGGCGGAGUGUAAAAAAACCAGCCACACCGACUAAGUCACAGGGAGACAAAAAGUGA